ACUAUUGAGACAUCAUUUCAUAUUUUCUUUUAACUAUUGCAUAAUGAUCAUAUUAAACAAGAAUAAAAAAAAAACUAAAACUUCAUAUUUUUUUCAUAGUUUUCAUAUUUUCAUUUCACCAAAAACAUAUAUUCAAACUUUCACUCAAAAAAAGAAAACAUUACAUGAUACAUUAUUUUAUAUUUUCUUUUAACUGACAAUAAUUAUCAUAUUAAACAAGAUAAAAAAAAAUAAAUAAAUAAAAAAACCUAGUUUUCUAGUUUGAGAACUGAUAUAUCUUUUAAUAUAUUCCUGAUAAUCAUCAUCAGCUUUAACAAGAUUUAAAAAAAAAAAAAAAAAAAAACUUUUAACACUAUCUUUGGAAUGAUUGUGACUUAUUAAUUGUAAAAUAAUUGUGACCACUCUGUAAAGGCUGCGGGCCUAUCGAAAUAAGAUCUACUGACUCAGAACCUAUAAUUAGCAUGUUGACUUCAGGGACAUACAGCGUACAUAAGCGCCGACAAGAGUGAGUGCUGUGAACAGAGAACGACGGUAAGGAGAAGUAUUGCUAAAACAAGAAUAAAACCCAGAUAAAAACACCAAAACAUCUGUGAGUUUUCAUGGAAUUUACAAGAAAAUAUCUGCCCAUGGAAUGGGAGGAACGCUGGAGGAGAGAGAAAGAGCGCAGGAAAAGGAUGAUAGAAGAAGGAGGAGAGAAGUUUGAGGAAGAGAACAAGAAGCUAAAAUGGAUCAUGUCCUACAAUGACAGCAGGAUAGGAAUGAAAGAGAGGGCAGUGAGUGAUAAUAUGGAGGAAGAUGAACUGCUGCAAAGUUAUCAUAGACAAAGUUACCCAAGCGAAAUCUUCCAGACUCUGGGGGAGAUGAAGAUGGAGAACCUCCUCACAGAUCUGAUUCUGAACACAGAGGAUGGGCUGAGCUUCCAUGUUCACUCGCUUGUCUUGGCUGCAGUGAGCUCCCUCAUCCAGCAAAAGCUCCAGGAGAAAGAGGGAAAUGAGAAGGAGAUCUCGCUGAGACUGUGUCCUGAGGUUCACGGUUCGGGUUUGGCUGCAGUGGUGGAGUUUGCCUACACAGGAGCCAUCAGCAAUCUGAACAAAGACAACAUGCUGCAGAUUCAGACUGCGGCUCUUAGUCUGGGAGCUCCAAGAGUCCUGGAGCUCUCCAAAGAGGAGGAAGAUGGAAGUAACAAGGAAGAAAAACUAAGAGAGAUCUCAGCGGAAAAGCAAAAGAAAGUUGGCCUGCAGUCCAUGAAGGACUUGUGGACCAAGAGAGUGGGAUGUGAUGUUGAACUGGUUGCAGAAGGAACAGUUUUCCAUGGUAAGACCCCUAGAGACACAGUAACAUCCAAAAUAUGAUUAGAUGACCCACACAAAUCGAGACCAUUUGUGCAAGAAUGAGUGAUGCUUUGCCCAUGAGUCAUCACAAUGCUAGUGUUGUGAUUGGUUGCCAGGAUGUUGCCAUAUGGUUGCUUAUUUGUUCAACAUUCUGUGUGUUUGCUUAUGGGCUUGUGUAAAAAGAGUCUACCCUAAAGUCUCUGUGAUAUUCUGGUCUCUAGAUUUGUCUCCAGUCCCUCUUUUAAAGUUAGAUUUGUUUACCAUCCGCCAGGCAAAAAUCACACACACACACAAAAACUACAAAGAACAAUAUAACUCAAUAUUGUGGGUUCUUGGAGCCACAAUCUUUAAGAGUGAAGAACAGAGGUAGAAAAAAAAAGACAAAUAUGUCAGUGACUUUACAACCUUUUGAUUCCACUUCAUUCCAUCCAUUAUUCAAAUUUGAAUGUUUCAAAAAUUUGAAUUUGAACAGAAGAAAAUGACAACUGUUUUCUCCUCCAUUUUGUCAACUGCUGGGUUUGACUUUUAUCCAGCUGUAUAUAACAAACAUAGGCUAGUAAGAGCUGUGCAUGUAAACCUCACUCCCCUGAUCUCAAAGAGAUG